UGGCGUAUUAAUUGUACUAGUACCACGUGUGCAUUUAGGUUGUAAAAGAUGUAAAGCAAAUAUCUGAGGUGGGAAUCUUCCAGUGAAAAGCAAAUAGCUAGUUUCUCUCUGAUAACAACCAAUCGAAAUUGCUCGCUAGGGUGGAUAAAUCUUUGUGUCUGGAGAGGCCGACCAAUAUCAUAUGUUUUCUGGAAGUUGACCUACUUAACCGUCUUGCGUGUGUGUGUGUGUGUUUGUAGUUCCACAUACAACAUCAACCUAAAUAUACCGGUAAACCGUGCAAACCGAGAAUUGCUGCCCCUGCUUGUUCGGGAGUAAUUAUGUUGCUGAUGCGUGCGCAUAAAUUCUUCGAAGGUCUUACACGGCGGCAACAUAAAAAGAUGUGCUAAGAAGAAGCAAAGAAACGACACGAAUCGUCGUGCCGAAGCAAAAUGUUCGCGGUGAUGUAAAACCGUCUUGAAAGUGAAGUUAAUUCAGACAUUAAAACAUCAUCUUAAGGACUUUAAUGCUUGUUUGAUAAACUUUUAAGAAACCUUCCUAUCCGCAUAAUGAUGGACGUCGUAGAUCAGAAACCACCUACUCUGUCACCUUCUCCAGAAAGUGACGACGAAACACCGCUCGCCAUGAGGCUGACGGUCCAAAAUGGCAACUCCACCAACAACGUGACCCAUUCGCCCUGGAAGCGCAAACAGUUGGUUGACGUAAAUCCGCACGGUAGUCUGGAUUUGAGCAAGCUGUCUAUGCGACGAAACUCGAGCUAUGGCAAACUACCGUCGGAAGCACCCGAAGCGAAAGUGCUCGUCAUAUACACCGGUGGUACGAUUGGCAUGAUGCGGAAUGAGAAGAAUGCUCUGGAACCGCGACCGUACGAGUUUGUGCGCAAAAUACGCCAAUAUCCAAAUAUGCACGAUGACGGGUACGCUAGCAAGCGGUAUGGACCGGCGAAAAAUAUGGCACCAUUGGUAUUGCCGUACGUGGAAGGACAACAUCGCCGAAUUCUGUAUCAAAUUUCGGAGUACGAACCACUGCUCGAUUCGUCCAAUAUGAGCAUAAGCGAUUGGGUGCGCAUUGCUACCGACAUACGUCAGUCGUACGAGUUUUUCGACGGUUUUGUAAUUCUGCAUGGAACGGACACACUGUCCUAUACCGCUUCGGCCCUAUCGUUUAUGUUUGAGAAUCUUGGCAAAACCAUCAUUAUCACCGGAUCACAGAUACCGAUCUUUGAGACGCGCACCGACGGUAAGGAUAACUUUACGUCCGCAUUAAUCCUGGCCGGAAACUACGUCCUGCCGGAGGUGUGCAUUUUCUUCAACAGCCGCCUGUUUCGCGGUAAUCGUACGAUCAAGGUGAGCAGCGAAUCGUUGGACGCGUUUAACUCACCCAAUGCGGCUCCGCUCGCUAAGAUGGGCAUCAACGUGGAGGUCGAUUAUCGGGUAAUUUUCCGACCGUGUACAGUGGACAAGUUCACCGUACAUCUGCAGAUGGACGAGAACGUGGGUUUGUUGCGAUUGUUCCCAAGCAUCUCGGUUGCGACGGUUAAUGCUUUCCUUCGUGCACCGAUGCGAGGUGUAGUGCUGCAGACAUACGGCGCUGGCAAUUUCCCGACUAACCGAGCGGAUCUGAUCGCGGCACUGAAGGAAGCGAACGAACGUCAGGUACUGAUUGUAAAUUGUACGCAGUGCAAUGAAGGUGCCGUUUGUGAUCUGUACGAAACGGGUCGGCAACUGCAGGAAGUCGGCAUUAUACCGGGGUACGAUAUGACACCGGAAGCAGCAUUGGCUAAACUGUCGUACGUGCUGAGUAAGCAGGAGUGGGAUUGGGAAACCAAGAAAAAGAUGAUGAAAAGCAAUCUGCGUGGAGAGCUAACAUGUGAAAAGCCGCCAGAAAUGCAGGAAUACGAUCUAAUAGAUGCUGUCGCACGAACCCUACAUCUUACGUCCACGAAGGAAUUGGGACAGUUAAAAUCAUCCCUGUUUCCAGCGAUGGUCAACACGGCUGUGUUGGCCGGAGAUGCGACGAAGUUGGCGAAUCUGAAAAACUACGGUGCGAACAUGUCGGCGGAAAACUACGAUCAUCGGACGGCACUCCACGUGGCCUGUUGCGAAGGAAACACCGAGAUGGUGCAGUAUCUGUUGCAGAAUGGUGCGGCCGUACAUAUACGUGACCGGUACGAUCGUACACCGCUGAUGGAUGCCAUCAUGCACGAUCACCAUCAGGCGAUACGAUUGCUGAUCAAGUGCGGUGCCCAUCUGACCGGUUCAAUACGAGCCAUCGGCGAUGGUUUGUGUGCUGCUGCGGCACGCAACCAACAGUUGCGGCUUGAAUCGUACCGGAUUGCGGGCGCCGAUAUGUCACAGGAAGACUCGUGCGGACGUACCGCACUGCAUGUGGCCGCACUGUAUGGACACACAGAGAUCGUUCAUUAUUUGUUGAAGAACUACGCCGAACUGAAUGCGAUCGAUUACCUUGGUCUGACACCAUUGGACUACGCAAUGAAAGCAAACUCCGAGACGGUGAUACCCGUACUGGAGAGUCAUGAGGCACGCCGAGGAGAUGAACUAUCCUUCGAUACAGAUAAACGAUCCUCGAUGAAGGAUUCGUUCGACUAAAAGCGGGACACUUGGCACGGCAGUAGCAGUUCCAACAGUAUUGUGAUAAUAAAUGGUAAAAUAUGAUGUGAUUGUGAAAAUGGUAUCGAACUUUUGAGUUGUCCAGAAGCAGAGAGGACAAAAAAAUGCAAAGUAAAUAUUUUAAUGAAAUUAGUUAUGCAUCGCACUGCAGGAGUUUUAUAAAAAAAAAUGGGUAUGUCUAUUUAUUUGGGUCAUGCUCAGACACCAAAUAAAUCGAAUCUAUUUUUGAGUUUGACAUCCCUAACGGAUCGUACCAUUACAGCUGCGUACUUCAUGAAUCAGCUUUAGGCUGCGUUCGUUAUGUUUCGUAUUGAGCAAGCGUGAUGCGAUCGUUUUAAUUUUCAAUACAAAUAUAUUUCCCACAAUAAUCCUAGCGUA